AUCUGUCACACGCCGCCGCCGCCCCGCGAGCCCGCCCGGGACCCGCCGCCGAGCUAGAAGGAAAAUGAUGAAAAUGCUGCCUUUUUUCCAAAGUGGUCCUCUUGGAAUACGCAAUGGAUCAGAGGGUUGUAUUGGUUCAAACAGGCAGCUUGAAAACCCUUCAACAUCAGUAGCUGCCUGUCCUGAACCUACUGGAGAUGAAAUCUGGUCCAGGGACAAGGAGAAGAUGAGUGAAAGGCCAGAGGCAGCCUGCAGGCCUUCGCGUGCAUCUUCCAUCACAAGCAAUGGGAGCUGCAUCUCGGCUGGGGACAGCCCUGAAAAAGGGAAGAAAGGCAUAAAGGGAAUCCUCACAAGUGCACUUAAGAAAAUGAAAAAGAACAAGCCUCCCAGUGUCAAACAAGUCAUGGAUGUCCUUGAAGAGCAAAAGCUUUGUGAUGCUGCUCAGCUUCUGAUUGUCCUGGAGAGGAGCCUGUCUAGCAAAAGUGAGGAGGGAUUAAACACCAGCCAGCAAGACAUCGAGUCCGUCCAUGAAGUUCUGAAGCACAAAGUCUUCAGCAUCCUGAAAGACUCCAUACAGCACGUGAAAACAAACCCAGAACUGCUACAGCAGGCAAUAGAGGCACUAAAGGAGCAGGAGAAAGAAGAUCAGAACUACACAUCAGAGAAUCCAGCUGACCCAAACCAAUUUAGACCUAGAAAAUGGAAAGAGAUUUGGGUGGCUACAGUAAAGGAGUCAGUAGAGUCUCGAAUGAAAGACACGAGCCGUACUCCUAGAACUGAGAACCUCUCUACAGUUGGCCAGAACCUCCUACACAUGGGAAAGACAAUGAAAGAAGAUUUGACAGUAGUUGCAAAGUACAUUAAACAGCUUUAUCCUCCUGAGUUUAAGGUGUUCAGUAUGUAUGCUGAACUGUACCACAAUUAUUUUGCCUCUCAAGCAAAGAAAAAUGCUGAGUCUUAUCUGGAAGACAAGGAUAUUUACCUUCUCCUCUCAUGGGUGCACAAUAUUUAUCCAAAAGAUAUGAGAAAAGAUCAUGUUUUAGCGGAGGAGUUGGAAAAAGUUAAGCUUGGAAGCCUUUUGCCAUCAAGUCUGAGCAAAGACCUUGAAAAGAAAUACCUUGACAGUGAAGAGGCUACUAUCAAAAAUUCACUGACCAAAUGUUUAGAUAAAGAAAUCCAAAGAUGGAAAGAAGACCAAGAACCAGAGAAACUAAAUGGCCAUUUUCAGAGUGAACUACUAGCAAUAUUUGUCAUCCAGAGUAUCUACAGUGGCCAGACACGAGCCAAGGACAUCAGUGCCUCGGUGGGUGAGGAGCUGUCACGUCGGCUGUGGAAGGAGCUGCCUGCCUUCCUGAAAAGCUACAAGGAUGCUUUUGAAGACUUUAAGGAGAAGAGCAAGAAGCACAGAUACUACAAGCCUACACUGAUUGCAAAUAUUAACAACUGCUGGAAUUUUAGAGACUAUGCAGAGAAAAACAUGUCAGAAAAGGACAACAAUAAAGCCAUUAUCCUCAGCACUCUAGGUGACAUCGAAAGCAGUGUCUUUGAUGUGCUACUUCAACAGCUGUUCGUCCAGCUGAAGCCAAUUUAUAAGAAGUUUACAGAAAAUAAGUGGGACUCCAGCAAUGAAGUUAUGAAUGAGAUCAUUAAAACCACCAGCAAACAUAUUUCAGACUUCCGGACCUUAAAGGACCCUUUCUAUCAUGCUAUCAUUGAGAAGAUCCAUGCUCGUUUGGUUAAAGAGUACAUUGUGAGGCUGCUGAAGAGGAAAGUCAGCCUGAAAACUCCAGCACAACAGCAAACCCUGGCUCAACACAUCUCCAAGAAUGCUGCUGACCUGGAAGCCUUCUGCACCAGCAAUGGGUCUCAAGCCACGUGGCUGAAUUCAGCACUCCCCAAACUGGCUGAAAUAAUCCGACUUCAGGAUUUAGGUGCUAUUAAAAUUGAAGUUGCAACACUCGCCACAAUAUACCCAGAUAUCCGCAAAAGGCACCUCGAAGCGUUCCUGCACAUCAAGGCCAAUUUGUCACGCAGUGAACUGAAAAGCAUCCUGGGCUACUUGGCAGACAGCACAGCAUCUGCACUGCCUGAGGCUCCACUCUUCUCCAGCAUACACAUGUCCUAGGCCAAGGCAUUGCCUGGCACCUGCUUGUGCUGGACUGUUGUCUAAGCUGAGUUGGAGACUGUCCCCUGAAGCACAGUGCAUACUGCUGCCUUUUCCAGUGGAAGGUACUCUGCCCUAAUCUGGUGCUCAGCACCUCUGGGUAACACUCUUCCAUGAAGGGCUGGGAGGAAGGUGCACCUGCAGUAGGAGUAGUGCCCAUAAGGUCCAGGGCUGCUACUCAGACCAGUCAUGGACUCCUUCCAUGUCCUCCUUAGUACCACCACAUUCUCUGCCUGGACGCUGCCAUGGUGCUCUGACCUCCUUCUACCUCACAGGAUGCCAUGAAGGCCACAUUACUGAUUCCUCAACUAGCCCAGACUGAGCAGGCACCUCCUGUGUAAUAUUUUGUCUUCUAAGGAAAUGGAGGGAAACAAAAACUGAAGACAAAAUUUAGAGAUGUUGGAUAAGUCUCAUGUGAGCAUGCUUUCACCCAAACUGCUUUCAUCUGAGCCAGAGGUGGUGGCUAUGUUAGGCUGAUUGGAGAG